AUGGACUUUGAUUUCGCUACGUACCUGAACCAGCUCGAUGCGACAUAUAUAUAUCGAGUGGAGAAGCUCGCCGGGGGAGUCGUGAAUGUGACUGUGCGGGCCAGCAAAUCCCGCAUCGCUACAACAGCAACUAUUACUGCCUCGCCCUCACCGACGAUGUGUGAAUCGAGAAAUGACAAUGCCGGACUGGACUGCGACUGUGGCUGUGACUGUGGACAGGGGAGAUUCCCCGGCGAGAAGUCGUUGAUAUUGAAGCAUGCUCCGCCGUUUAUUGCGGGAGUCGGCGAGAGUGCUCCCAUGUCACAGAGUCGCCAGGAAGUCGAGGCAGCCUCUUUAGCGUUGUUCUCGCCUGACCCUCUCCCUGAAGGGGACCGAUCAAGGAGCCUGUCGUCACCGUCGACUCAGGGAGUCCUUCACCAUGUAUCAACAGAGUCAGGAGUUAUGGUGCCCAGAUUGCUUCAUCACGAUCCCGCCAACCAUGUCCUCGUUCUCUCUGACCUUGGACCACUUCCAGACCUCUCCAAAGUCUUCAUCGAGCUGGGUGGAUUCACGCCGGACUCGGCUGGCGCAGCAUCAUGGCAACCGCCUCCAUCUUCGCCGCGCCUGGGUUUUCCGCUUGAAGCUCACGAAAUCUCAACUUAUCGGAGGAUAGGGGAGAAAUUGGGAAUGUUCUUUACGCGGUUGCACGACACUAGCAGUAUUCGAUCUAUCCUUGGAGCAGCAGGCCAUGAACAAGGCGAGGUGUUACUGCGCAAUCGAUCGGGUCAGCAAUCUCUUCGAGCUGAUACAUCAGUAUUCCCAUCGGUGCCGGAAAUGAAGACCGUCAUUCACGAGCACGUCAUAAAGCCCAUCCGGUCUCACCUCCUUAAAUUUCCCUCGCUGCUGGAUGAAGCAGAGGCAGAGAUCCUCUUCGCAGCGGUGGAAGCCGAUUUUCUCCGCCCAACCCCUCCGGAAGAACAGGGCGUCGUCCUGGGCGACUGCUGGACCGGCGCAGUGUUGGUGGACCUGAGGCCCGCGACCGGUGAAGAUGUGGACGUGGGAAUGGGAGUGAUCGACUGGGAAUUUUCGAGUCUUCACGGUCGCGGCGUCAACGGGGACGUCAGCCAAUUCCUCGCUCACCUCGAGUUGUUACGGGUUGCUGCCCAUGCUCACCCCAACGGGCAGGCCAUUGGUCACCUGUCAGCCAUCAAUGCCAUCAUAGAGGGCUUCGUACGCAAGUACAAGCUCGGUCAAACGAAGAGUUCUGAGGAUGACUGCGGUCUCCUGCGGUCCGCAUACCUAUCGCACGGCGCGGAGAUCAUAAAUUGCGCCUUCUGGAAGACAUGGACAUGCCACGAUCCUGAGUGUCCAUCAUGCACAAUGACUUCUCAACCUUCGUCUUGUUCUUCCUCCGCCUCCGGUCAAUCUGGGUCAACGCAAUGCAGCGUCAUCACGAAACUGGUCAGCCGGGGAAUCUCAUUCUUGAGGUGCGCCGUCGCCACAGAACCACCUCGGCUGGGGACUGCCGCGUUGAGGCAAAAUAUCGCGGCCAACAACCUAGAAAUGGCAUAUGACAAUACGCAGACGAAGGGGUUGUAUGACCUGUUCGAAUAG